AUGAAAACAGGAAGACAAACAACCCAAUGGGAAAAACCCCUAUUCGGACAAAGGGCCGAUGUCACGAAUACGCGAAAGCUUAACUAAAUGUAUGUUUCGAUGAUUUUUAGAGAAAACAGCAGAUCGUCUUAGAUAAGAGAGCUAAGAAUUAAAAUCCCAAAAUCUCAAUCUGAAGGUAUGAGACCGAGAGUCAGAAAUUGUGGAACAGCUGGCCUGAAUCGAAACCAAAAGUUACUUCAGACUCUCAAGGAAGAGUCGAGCCAAAGGAGAGCGAAUUAUUCAGGAGUCUCAAGUAUGUCGACUGGAACGACCAACUCAGGUUGCAGUAAAGAGAUGUAUGAACUCGUGGUACUCUCCGAUGGACACAGCGUUGUGGCCGUUGUACGUAAACUACAUAAAGGAUGCAGAAGCAAAAUUGCAAUGGACAAAAGAUUUCUUGAGGGCCAAAAGAAACGGUUUAACCAUCGACCCGUUGGCUCUUGGGAAUUCUGUUGGCAAGGUCAGUUCAUAAUCGUCAAGAUAAUGUCAGAAGGGGGAGGAUUUCGGGAUGCGAAAGUGCUAGAGAAAUCCAAGGUGAACGAAAUGAAUCUUACUGGAGUGAAGACCACGUUCGCUCCUCCUGUACCCUUCUCAUCACCUUUGAGAGUCAGUGUGAGCGUGGAAAACGAGCAGGAUGUCAAGCUUCUUUACACGGGAAUGCGGACUGUUGAGUCACCAGCACCACCGACUACCAAAAUGGGCGGACGAACUCCUGUGGAACACACUGACACUCCCGUUGAAUACCAAGUAACUCAUCAGCAAGUGGCCGUGCCAGGAAUACGUAAUUGCAUGUUCCUCAUAUUACUAUAUUAUUGUUACCUUAAUUGGCGACGAAUGAACUCGUCAUGAUGGUAAAUUUUGGAUGCAAUAAUGCAUCGUGAAUACUAAUUGGAGCUCUAAUAGGACAGUGUAAGAAGAUUAUUAGAGGGACAGUCGCGUCAUAUUGUAUGGUAUUGUAAUCUUUAUUUAGACACGAUCAAUUCAUCAGCCUAUAAAAAUACAUAUCACAUACGCUAAGAUAUUUAAA